AUGGUGGGUCACUUCGAAGCUGAGCUAUGCCAGGUGCUCAUUGAAGAGCAUUUUGGAAAGGCAGUGGCGCUCGUAGUUUCGACUCUACUACGCGAACCUGGACCACUAUCAGCAAUUAAGCUUCGCCUACGGGGACAAGUGAAGUUCAACACGGUCAAAGACAAAUUUUGCCGGUUGAGCGAAUCUCAUUUCAUUGCUAGAUGUCCUCCCGUAGUUUCGUCGUUAAAAGGAUGUCCACAAUUUGAGACGAGUUAUGAUCCGUACAUUAUGCCAGAUUUCUUAUCAUUAGCAUCCAUUUUAUAUUUUUCAACAAAAUGUUUUGAAGAGACAACAGGUGGUUCCCGUAAACGCAAAGCAGAGUCACUGGAUGGCGAUGAAGGUAUUUACUGGCGCAUCAACUGGCAACGUUUUGAUAGUUAUAUACGGGACGAAGUUACCCUUGAAUUGUUGGUACCAAAGUUGUUUGACAUGAUGCGAGCUGUCAAGGAAAAUGAACUUGGAAUAGAAAAGUCAGAUUUGGAGAAAACGCUGAAGAUUCUGGCAGAAGAGUCUCAUGGAGUGGUUCGAAAAUCUGGGGAAAGUGGCGGCGGGUUAUACAUCAUAGAUUUCGAAGCGGCUAUUGAACAGAUCUGUCAAUUUCAUAUUGAAUCUCUUAUUCGUGAGCAGUUAGAGUAUAGAGCAGUUCGAAUCUUUCGUCUUCUCCAACAGAAAGGUCAUUUGGAAGAGGACCAAAUUGAAAAGCUAACAAUGAUAAGUGGAAAGGAGACACGUGAGCUAUUGUAUGCUAUGCUGGAGGAGGGCUACGUUUAUACGAAGCCAAUUGGUCGUACGAAUGACUUCGCUCCUUCAAGGACAUUUGUACUGUAUCAUGUUGACUUACCACAAACGGUGCGAAGUCUUAUAGAGUAUACGUGUAAGGUAGAGAUGUACUUGUCAGCAGCUGAUCGGUUGGCGCUGGAGAAGUAUCGCCGCGCACAAACAGUUUUAAAUGCAGCGGAGACCGAAUGCGAACGUGGACUGUUCGCUUUUCGGCUGUUUGUUGAGUUUUCAAGACGGAAAUGUUAA